UCGCUUCCUCCGCAGCACUCGAAGAAGAAGAAGAAGAAGACGAAGAGAACAACAAUGGCGGAGAGAAGCUCCAACUCCCUCCGAUAUCUUCCUUUUUCUUGUUGUUCAUUCAGUUUCUUGUGAGAAGAGUCCAAGAUUUUCUCUUCCUGUUCCUCGGAGGAGGAAAAGAUGGGAUUUUUACCUCUUUUUGAUCGGUUGUUCUGCGGAGAAGCGAGCUCAGAGGCGGAAGGCGGCGGAGGGGAGGAAAUGCCGCCGAUGAUGGUCUCCGUAGGCGAGGAAUAUUGGGAGGAGGCGCUGUCUUCUCUGACAGCCAAGGAAGCAGAGUCCUCGCCCUGUCUCAUCGCCGGCGGCUGCAGUGAUUCCCACCUCCGGGCGGCGAGGGAGGAGGCGGCCGAGUGGAUCGUCCGCGCCGCCUCUUUCCAAGGCUUUUCGGCGCUCACGGCGCUCCUCGCGGUGACCUACUUCGACCGGUGCUUCCUCUCCGAGGCCGGCGGCGGAGGCGGCGAGCUGCUGCGGCUCCACGGUGAUAAGCCCUGGAUGGGGCGCCUCGCCACUGUGGCGUGCCUCUCCCUGGCGGCGAAAGUGGAGGAGACCCGCGUCCCCCUGCUGCUCGAUCUCCAGGCGCCUCCACCGCCGGAGGAAGCCGGAUACUUGUUCGAACCGAAGACCGUUCAACGAAUGGAGCUCCUGGUUCUCGACGCCCUCGGCUGGCGGAUGAAUCCCAUAACCGCUCUAUCCUACGUUCACCACCUUCUUGCCGCCGCCAGCUGCGGCGGCGGAGGCGGCAGCGCUGCCUUCCGUAAACUAGCAAGUAGAUCGGAAACGGCCCUUCUUGUCGUAGUCACCGACUGGAGAUGGGUUCGACAUCCAGCGUCGGUGUGGGCGGCGGCGGCGCUGCUCCACGCGGCGGAGUGGCCGGAAAUCCACCGCCGCCGCCUCGUUUCCCUCCUCAGAGCCCCAAAGGUAGCCACGGAAGAAUGCCGCCAGCUAAUGGCCGCCGCCAUGAACGGCCGCAAGCGCAAGCACCAAUCCAGCUCCAGCGAGAUGGUCGGCUCCUGCUUCAGCGCCGGCGAGUGCUCGUCGGGUUCAUGGCCGCCAUGGGCUUCCCCUGUCGAGGCUCCUCCUCCGAACAAGAAGCUCAAUGGCGGCGUUAAUGGAGAUCAGAGAAACUACUAAAUUUUUUUCAUCUCUUAGAAUCAACCGAUCGAGGAAGAGCUUGUUCUUUCAGAUUCUCAUUGAAAUGCACUGCUUUGCUAUUUUUGCCCCCAUAUUUUAUCUAUCUUUACACUUUUACCCAUCAUAGUUCAAAGUAUUUUAUUUUGCUCUAUAGUUCUCAAAACAAAAACAAGGGAAAAAGUUAUUCAAUAAAAAAAAUUAAAAUACUUUUAUAGAUUUACAUUUUUAAUAAACAUA